AACUGGAAAAACGGAUUGAGAGGAGGACAUAAAGAGAGAACAGGAAAGAAGACUGACGUGGGAGAGCGAGCAGCAGCUGGAUCACACAUCAGGAGGUGUUUAUGUCUUUAAAUUCCUGUUUUAUAGAAAGGAAGUUUCCUUUUUCUCUCUGAUUGACAGAAGGAUGGGAUGUGUAUUCAUGCUUUCUUUUGCAAAGUGGGUCAACAACUGAGAAGGAGCCGGAGAGGAGACGGGCCCAGAGAAGGACACAAUGGAUUACAAGACAGAGUUGUUAGUAUUUAAAAAAAAGAUCAGUUUCAAAACUUAAAUGGAUUCUGACCUGUGAAUUGCAGCCUUUUUGCAUCUCGGCAAACAAAGUAAAAACAGUUUUACAUGCCACAUGUGAAUGAAUUCAACGAAAUUAACUCUGCGGCUUGAAAUCUAGCCUGGAAGGAGAAGAAGUGGGGUUUCGACAUUUCGACAGCAUUAUAAAGUCCUAACCGGUCAAGUGCAUCUACACAGCACACAGGAAGGCGCUUUUCUUCCAGUGUCACCCCCUCUGUAACCUCCACCAUGCAGACCCCAGGGCCCGAGCAUGACGACUCCUUCGACUUCCUGUUCAAGAUCAUCCUCAUCGGAGACUCCAAUGUGGGCAAGACCUGCGUGGUGCAGAAUUUCAAGUCUGGGAUUUUCGCAGAGAGGCAGCAGAACACCAUCGGCGUGGACUUUACCGUGCGCACCGUGGACGUCGAGGGGAAGAGAGUGAAGAUCCAGGUGUGGGACACGGCAGGUCAGGAGAGGUUUCGUACCAUCACCCAGAGCUACUACCGCAGCGCUCACGGCGCCAUGAUCGCCUAUGACAUCACACGACGCUCGACCUUUGACUCGGUGAAACACUGGAUCAAGGAGGUGGAGCUGUACGGGGCAACCAACGUGGUGCUGGUACUCAUAGGUAACAAAUGUGACAUGGAGCCGGAGCGUCAGGUUCAGUUUGAAGAUGCCUGCGAACUGGCAAAGGAGCGAGGAAUCCUCGCUGCUCUAGAAACAUCGGCAAAGGAGAGUCAGAACGUGGCGGAGGCCUUCAUGAUGAUGGCCAGAGAGCUGAUCUAUCGCAACGGCCUCAACGUCCACCAGGGAGACCCGAGGAGCACGCCCCGGGUUCCCCUCGGGGCCGACUCCCGGCCGGUUAACGGAUUAGUCAGUGCCUACGAACCCCCAGAGAAGAAGUCGUGUUGCUGAUUCGGACGUGGACAGAACAGGGAAGAUAAACGGUUGGACAUAAAGAGAUGAAGGGCACUUCAAUUAUGAAUGUUGGAGAAGAGGAACGGAAGAAAAUUCAACAAUGAGCGAGACCUCGUUGAGGCCAAGACCUCCAAGAAUUAGACAAAUAUUGAAAAGUAUUGAAAAAUGAAUUCAAUGUACUUUUAAGAGAAUCAGGAUUUGCUCACUUGGUGCUGCAAGGACGAGAGAGUCAACGCUACGACGAGGAGCGUUCGCCAUCGAGACAAUAAGAAACGAGCGGGUGCCAUUGGUGUUGUGGUAAAGCUGCAUAAAGAACAAUUUCCUUUACAUAAACUGCAUCUGGACAGUUUUAUCUCCUCCAGUGAUUGACUGUGCUUUACAUCUUUACAAAUAUCUGUAGUAGACUGUGAAUGGGCUCUAAGUGGAUUCUGAUCAAUUUGCAUGAUGAUGCAUGAGGAAAAAAGAUUCUUUACAAUGAGUCAAGGUUGUGAAGAAAGUUAAUCAGCCACUUUUGGUAAAUGGUAACUCAUUCUCAUAUUCAUACAGUUCAUACAAUUUGCCCAAAGACUUCUGAAUGCAGACCAGAGGAGCUAAGGAUCGAACCACCGACAUUCUGCUGACUGGACAAUCCCCUUUAACUCCUGAGCCACACCCCCACCUAAUUUAUGCAUGUUUACUUUUAAACAGUCACACAUUUUAAUGAGACCUGGUUUUAUUGGGAUGUAUGGUCUUCUUUUUGUUUUGAGGACCACCUCUUUCUUAACACUAGGGGGCACUGUGUCCACAUUAAACCACAACUAAAGCUUGCUCAUUGCCAAACACAGUAAAGAUCAAGUUAAUGUAAAACACAUGUGGCUGCACUAAGGAACAUCAAUGCAUCCCAGUAAACAGGAAUAAGUCAAAUCACCCUUCAGGCUCCACUUUGUCAAGGUCACUUCCUACAAACCCAACGGCCAAACUUAACGUAAUCGGACAAGGCUCCCGUCCAGGAUAUAACCUUCCUUUGUGUUCAGUGCCAGGUUGGACGGUGGUGCAGUGCCAACCUGGAAGUCAUGUAGCAGAUCUGAUUGGUGGUUCCUGACACUGAUGCAGCCAAUCUGCCUUUUAUCCAUUUUGUCAUGAGGGGGGAAAAAAUGUGCGGCCUUCAUCCAAAACUAAAGAUUCCAGUGUUAAAGCAAUAAAUGAUCAAUCAGUGA